AUGUCCAAAAAAUACAAAAUCAAAGAUGUUAAUCGAUCUGAGCUGCAUAUUAUUCAUUAUCUCAGUGAUCUUGAUUAUAGUUCAAGAAUGUUGACAUGUAACCAUCCGCUUCCUCCGGAUCGGUACAACGAUAGGGUGGAGGAUCAUUUGCGAAUUACCGGGUUCUAUCAUGCGUCUCAGAUUGGGAUAGUGCAGUGUCAGAAAGCGUUGGUAAAUGCUCUAAUCGAACGUUGGCACCCAGACACACAUACAUUCCACCUUCCCAUUGGUGAAUGCGCUGUGACACUUGAAGAUGUAGCUUUAAUUCUUGGUCUUCCCACAGAUGGUCUUCCAGUAACAGGUAUGACUAUGAGUAGUUUUGAAGCCUUGGAGGCUGAGUGUUUGCUUGAGUUUGGCGUUGCACCGCGAAGGGAGGACUGUAGAUCUAGCUGCAUAAAACUCACGUGGCUGAGGAAUGUAAAAGAGAAUAUAGAACUAACUGAUGAAAUAAAUAUACAGAGGUAUGUUAGGUGCCACAUUAUGUUGCUGCUUGGAACCAUCCUGCUUGGGGAUAAGUCAGGAGCAGGUGUUCAUUGGAAAUUUCUACCCUUGUUACGUGACUUUGUCAAUAUUGGACAGUAUAGUUGGGGCUCGGCAUGCCUUGCACACCUUUAUAGGGCAUUAUGCAGGGCAUCUCGCUAUAACUGUAAGGAAAUAGAUGGUCCACUAACACUUCUGCUCGGAUGGGCUUGGAUCCGACUGCCAUAUCUAUCGCCGGUUCCUAGAGAACCCCGCAGUUUUCCCCUAGCAAACAGGUAA